AUGAAGCCAAUUACAUUCCUUACCACCGCUCUUUUCCUCUCCCUAGGGACCUCUCUAGUCGUCCCAGUCGAGGACGUCGUCGAGAUCGGCGAUCUAGAAGACACCAUCGACAUCCGGGAGAUCGAGGCUAUACUCGACGACCGGUCCCUCGAGGACCGCGCCGUCCGUCCCAAGUUCACCUACCACGGGUUCCCGCGCAGCGCGACCUGCGCGAAGACGACGUACACCACGGCGCGGAUGCACGACGCGGGCGAGCAGGCCGGCAAGCUGGAGACGCGCAACAAGAAGAUCGGCAAGGGCAAGUACCCGCACGUCUUCCACAACCGCGGCAAGGAGAUUAAGAACUUCGAGCGCAAGUGCAAGGGCCCGCUCUACGAGUUCCCCAUCCUCCAGAACAAGAAGGUCUACACCGGCGCCACCCCCGACGACCCAGGCACAGACCGCGUCGUCGUCAACGUCUCCGCCAAGAACAAGAAGACCGGCAAGGUCGACGUUACCUUCUGCGGCUUGAUGACCCACACCGGCGCCAAGAACAAGGGCUCCUUCGUCCAGUGCAACUGGAAAUAA